CACCCGUUAAUGGACAUUACAAAAUUAGUAAACGUGGUGAGGUUUGAAUUGUGGGUUUAAAUCCACCAACAAUUAUAUUAUAGUAUGAAGUAAAGCUCAAUGCUGAUUUUGUCACGUUAUGAUAUAUCUCUAAAAGAAUCAAGGUCAUUCAUAUGCAACGAGUUGACGGAGACUUGGUCUUUUGUACUUAAGUUAGUGUUUGGCCCAAACAUCUUUUUAAACUCACUAAAUCCAUCUAUUUGCCAUGUUACUUCAAGAAAAAGAUAUAUGAAAAAAGAAUAGUUUGGACUUGGGACAAUCAAUGUCCUUCAUAAUCAUAUGCGAGGAGUUGCCAGAGACUUUGUGUUUGUACUUAACCAGGAGUUGUAGGAGCUGCCUGGAUAAGUAUUGUGGCUGCAGAAAAGGUUGUCAAUAUCGAGUAUCGGAUAUGGCAGCUCCAUCUGUUGAUAUCUAUGAGAGAAUUAAGGAGGCGGCUCAAGUUGGGGAUAUUGACAGACUCUACGAGUUGAUUGAAGAAGAACCAAAGAUUCUAGGAUACUUUGAUGAACUGCCUUUUUGUGAGACGCCACUUCACAUUGCAGCUGAAAGGGGACAAACUCAUUUCGCCAUGGAAUUGAUGACCCUUAAGCCGUCGCUUGCGUUGAAGCUAAACCCGUCAGGUUUCAGCCCAAUGCACUUAGCCCUGAAAAACGACCAUUUUCGAACUGUGAGAGGGUUUGUGGCAAUUGACAGCAGCUUAGUCAGCAUCAAGGGAAGAGGAAGGAUCACCCCUUUGCAUUAUGUGGUUCAAAUAGGUCAUCCAGAGUUGUUGACCGAGUUCUUGUUUGUAGAAGAUCUAACUAUAAAUUGCGAGACAGCUGUGCAUAUAGCCGUCAGGAACCACCAGCUGUUGGCAUUUAAGGUUCUAUGGGGAUGGGUUCAGAGAGCACACAAAGAAGAAAUCUUGAACUGGAAGGAUGAAGAUGGUAACACAGUCUUCCAUAUUGCUGCGUUGACAAAUCAACCAGAGGUCAUAAAGCUACUACGUAGAACUGUGAAAGUAAAAGCCAAAAACUUGGCUGGUAAGACCGCAAUGGACAUACUUCAGACUCACCAAUCUCCUUGUUUCCCUAAAGUAAGCAGACUUCUCCGAAAUGCUAAACAUAAAUUACUUUUUGGACCCACGAUGAAUCUUGUGGGAUUCUUGCGCGAAAGGCCAUCGCUAAUUGAGAAGCAGAACAAGCUCUUAGGGCUGAACCAUUUGUUCCAGACUAGCCACAGAUCUUUAAAUAGUAAUGACAGUCGCAGUGCAAUACUUUUGGUGGCUAUACUGAUAGUAACAGCCACCUACCAAGCUGGUCUUAGUCCUCCUGGUGGAUAUUGGCAGGAAAAUUCCUCAGAUUCAACAUUCAACCCAAGAUAAUGAUCACGCAGCUGGGAAGAUGACCAUGUCUCAUCUCUCUAUGAGAUCAUGAUCCUCAUAAUUGGACUGCCUAUGUGGAUGGUUCUUUAUGGUUCAACAGCAGCUAUAGGGAUGGCUAAUUUUGCAUCAUUCAUCGAAACAUUCCCAAGUCCAAAUAGCCGAUUUGGGGAGGUCGCAGCGUCCCUUUUGCCCUUUGCAUACCCGGUGAUAACAGGAUUCAUAUUAUUUCCUCCUAUCUUGGCAUUCUUUUGUAAUAAACGUCGCCGGAACCAACCGAGUGGACUUUCCAGCGAGGUACUUUACCUCAUCUCAGGAGCUAUCGUAAUGAAGCCUGAAGCGUUCAAGUUCAAGAGUGUUUUAAUAAUUUCUUCUCUGGAAUUAGCUCUUCUUCCAGAAUUUCCCUCAACUUUAGUGUCUGGUUUGUUUUUUUCACCUUAUGUAGAAUGAGUUAUGUCCCUUUGUUAAGUUUUUAACUCUUUACAAGUUUACUACUAAGGUAUCAUCCAUAGACUGUGAAAGUUGUUUAUAUGAAACUAAGUUCUGUA